GGCCGCUCGGCUCUCCGGCGUUAAUGUCCGUCUCGGGUCCGACGAGACCAGCUCAGAGGGGCCCGUGUUGGAAGGAAAUCUAAGAUGAAGUUAUGGGAUGUUGUGGCUGUCUGCGUGGUGCUGCUCAACACGGUCUCCACCUCGCCCCUGCCCACCGCUAAUAUGCCAGAGGAUUAUCCAGAUCAGUUUGAUGACGUAGUGGACUUUAUUCAAGCCACCAUUAAAAGACUGAAGAGGUCACCAGAUAAACAGACUCCCAUUUUUUCUAGGCGGGAGAGAAACCGGCAAAAUGCAGCUGCAAACGUAGAGAGUUCCGGCAGAAAGGGAAGGAGGAACAAGGAAAAGGGCAAAAAUCGGGGAUGUGUCUUAACAGAAAUACAUUUGAACGUGACUGACUUGGAUUUGGGAUACGAAACCAAAGAAGAGCUGAUCUUCCGGUAUUGCAGCGGAUCUUGUGAUGCAGCCGAGACCACCUAUGACAAAAUCUUAAAAAACUUAACCAGAAAGAAAAAACUCGUCACUGACAAAGUGAGGCAAGCUUGUUGCAGACCCACAGCAUUUGAUGAUGACUUGUCCUUCCUGGAUGAUAACCUGGUUUACCACAUACUGAAAAAACAUUCCGCAAAAAGGUGUGGAUGCGUCUGAGGGCUGCACGCCAGAAGCAGCGCCAGCUUUGUGUUCCUGCUGCAAUGCAAAGAGAGGGACCAAGGUUCCCAGGGAAGCAUCUGCUCAGAGCGGAGGAAAGAGGACCAAGAAUGCAGAACAAAGGGGUCACGAGAGUUAUGGGGAUAUAAUGUAGGAGAAUGGACUUUUGAUGUCCUAUGGGGAAAUAAAUAAAAGCUCAGGUGGAGAAGCUGAUGGCAGGGUGGCGUGUGCGCUCCCUUGCCCGUUUCACACUGUCAGCAAGACUCAGAUCCAUGAGGAAUGUGCUUAAAAACACAACUCUGCCCAUACUGUGCUGUCUUACGUUUACACCAUCCAUGCUAAGCAGCUUGUCUGAGAAGUAGCUUAGGAGUACCUUACUCAUCCCUUGUGCCCUCAGCUUUACUGAGAGACAACAAAAGUCAUGCUACUGCUUGU